AUUUAUAAAAUACAUAGAUACUUCCUCAUCCGCGAGUCCGUCGUCUUUCGCGACAUGUUCUCCGUGCCUCAAGGCGAGAUCGAGACUGUAGAGGGGCAAUCCGAUGAGAACCCGAUCAUGGUCGCAGAUACGACCAGAGCGGAGUUCGAUAGCCUUCUGCGAUUCCUAUACUUUGGGUACGAUUAUAAACCACCCAUCGAGGACUGGAUAUCACUUCUCUCCAUAUCGUCGAGGUUCCUUUGUGACCUCAUCCGACAACGCGCAAUCGAUGAACUCACUUCACGAAGGAAGCGCUCAGGCGGCGUUACCCCUAUAAAGCAAGUCGUCCUUUCUGUCAAGUACGACAUCGAGUCAUGGCUCGAGCCCGCUUGUGCCAAUCUCGUCCGUGAGAGCCAAACAUUAUCUCGCGAGGACGCGGCCCAACUGCCGAUGGAGAUCGUCUUGUUACUCCUACGGUCACGAGAGGUAUUUUAUUCUCGCGAAAAUAUUCCCUGCAAAACAUGCUCUGUACCCCUUGGGUCUUUGAACACCCCUACCUCAUCGGCGUGGCCAGGAGCCUCGAGUACUGGGGGAACAGGUGGGUUUGGUGGAUUCGGCCGGGCAGCCCCGCCUGAUCCAGUACCAAGACGUACACCCGAGGAUAUCAUUUCAGAGCAGAUGCGGCUUCUGAACAUCAAUCAGAAGACGAACUCCAGCAGUGACCCGGUGACGCUUGUAAGUCUCUUAGGUGAUCCUUUGUACCUGGUCAGUUUCCUCACCAAAGCUGAAGACUCUUUACAUUCUUGCAGGGAUGAGCGCCUUGCUUCCGUUUUCGGAGGAAGCUCUAACUCCAUAUUCGCUAUGUGCUCUGCUUGGACUUCUGUGCAUACAUAUCCCUCGUUGAGUUUCAAUAUAUUCGUUGACUGCUUGAAGUCAACGAUCGUCGCCCUUUGGCUGGAGUAG